AUGAGGGGCCCCCUUGUCUGCCCUCUGCUGGGCGCUGCCAGGGGCCCUCUGCUGCCUACCGCAGCAGCAGCAACAACAACAACAGCUAGAACACACCUCUUCUGGGUGACUGCAGUAACGCCUUCCACAGCAGCAAAGCGCAAAGCAGCAGCAGCAGUGGCGGUAGAAGCACCGGGAGCUUGCCUCAUAGGUGCUCGGCGGUCCUUCAGCAGCAGCAGCAGCAGAAGAAGAAGCAGCAGUAGCGGGGGCAUCUCACAUGGUACUCCAGGAGGCGCUGUGCAUGCAGCAGUGGAGGCAUUGCAGCUCAGUCUGUCUGCUGCAGCCGCAGAGAAGCAGCAGCGCAUGCAGCGUCUGCGUGAGGUGUAUGGAGCAGCACAUAUAGGAGCAGUAACUCCUUUGAGUGUCAUGGGUGGGAUGAGGGGUCUUACGGCCUUGUUCACGGAGACAUCUCGUGUUGAUGCUGAGGAGGGUUUAAGACUUCAUGGGAUGCCAAUGCGGGAGCUGCUUCUGCAGCAGCUGCCCAAAGCAAAGGAAGAUCAUCUUUACCCUUCUGUAGAAGCACUACUCUGGUUCCUACUCACUUCGAAGGUGCCGACGGCUUCGGAGGUGUCCCUGGUGCAGCGUUGUCUGUACGAGAUGACGGUAUCUGCUGCUGCUGCGCCUUCUGCAGCAGGAGGAGGAGGAGCAACAGCAGCAGCAGGACUAGGAGGAGGAGUAGGAGGUUCUUUGUCUUUGGAUAGCUACACACAAGAACGGUUUAUGAGGGUCCCCGCCAUGCUGCCGUUGCUGCUGCAGUCUCUUCCUGCUGAGGGACACCCCAUGGCAGCAUUUGCUGCUGCUGCUGCUGCUCUCUCUGAUUUCUCUUUUUUUAGAGCAGCAAAUGAAGAAGGGAUUGUCAACAAAAAGGACCUAUGGAGACCAGCUCUUGUUGAUGCCCUUGCCCUC